AUGAUACUGAGGGGUGAAUUGGCAGAUUACCUUAGAACAAAGGAGUAUGUGAAGCCUUGGGAGGUCAACCCUCGAAGAGUCGAAGGUAAUCAAGUAAAGGUCAUCCAUGCAAUACAUAGAAGAUCGGAAGAUGAUCAGGAGUCAGAGGAGGUUUAUAGAUCUCGACUGAGAACAACCCAUAAGCUAAGGAGGCUAUCCUCAGUAAAUACUAUUGCUUCGGGAAGCAUCAACAUCGGGUUCGGUAAUGGAGAUCUAUCUAGAGUUCAACUUCCCCACGAAGAUCCGUUGGUUAUCAGUCUCCUCAUGGCGAAUUGCAUGAUUAAGAGGGUUUUUAUUGACCCAGGGAGUAGUGCCAACAUCAUCACAAAGGCGGUCUUUGAGCAGCUAGAGAUCCCAUCAUCAUUAAUUUGGCCUACCUCCAGCCCAUUACUGGGGUUCGAUGGCACAAAAAUGGAUCCCCUUGGGGUGAUUGACUUAUCCAUAACUGCGGCAAAGAGGACUCUGAAGGAAAACUUUGUCUUAACAGAGAUCCACCCUUCAUAUAAUCUUAUUAUGGGAAGAGAUGGGAAAGAGGUUAUAAACCUCAGGGGAGAUCAAGUAACUGCCAAAGAGUGCUAUAUGUUAACACAGAAAGAGGCAAAAAAGAAUCCUCUGCCCAGGUAUCUGAGAGUAGAGGAUGAGGCUGAAGCAGAAAAGCCUACCGAGGAGUCUCUGGAAGCUGUCGAGGUAAUCCUCGGCGAUCCUCAGAAAAUCACCUACAUGGAUGCAUUUGCUUGGGAGCAUUCAGACAUGGUGGGGAUCGAUCCUUCAGUCUCAUGCCAUAGCUUGAAGGUGGAUCCGGCAUAUAAACCAGUCCAGCAGAAGCACAGAAGGUUUGCCCCAGAGCGCAACCAAAUUAUAGCUGAAGAGUUAAAUCCUUCGAAUUGUUCCUUCGUAGUUUCUUCAGGACAGUUCCUCGGCCAUAUUGUGAACAAAAGGGGAAUUGAGUGCAAACCAUUUUUUGAUACAAUAAGGUCCAAAAACAAAGACAUAUGGGGGCCACAACAGCAAGAUGCUUUCAAUCAACUGAAACGUUACAUGGCGAAACCCCCAAUUCUGUCAGAUCUGAAGCCUAGUGAGACUAUUGUCUUGUACUUACCCAUCUCCAGCAUAGCCACAAGUGCAGUAUUGAUCAGAGAAGAAGGUAAGAGUCAGUAUCCAAUUUUUUACACUAGCAAGACAAUGACAGAUACAGAAACGCGGUACAACAAAGCCGAGAAGAUCAUACUAGCAUUAGUAUACGCAAAAAGGAAACUUCGACACUACUUUGAGUCACACAACAUCAAAGUUCUUACCAACUACCCCAUGCGAGUCAUUCUUUCUAAACCGGAUUUGUCCGGAAGAAUAACUAAAUGGGCGAUCGAGCUUAGUUCCUUUGACAUAUCCUACGAACCGAAGGUGUCGUACAAAGGGCAAGCGUUAUCUGAUUUCCUUUUGGAGUAUGAAGAUAAGCCCGAGGAGCCAGGCCUUUUUGAACCACAAUGGGAGCUUCGGGCGGAAUAUGAAGCCCUGCUUACAGGACUCUGGUUAGCAAACCAGCUUCAGGUAAUAGGCCAGUACCAGCCUAAGGAGGAUAGAAUAAAGGCUUACAGAGAAGCUGUGGAAAUUGCCUCACGAGGGUUCGAUCAGAUCAAUUUUCAUCAAAUACCUCACGAAGAGAAUUCUGAAGCAGAUUAG